AUGGUAGAAGUAGUAGUAGAAGUAGAAGUAGAAGUAGUGGUAGUGGUAGAAUUAGUCGUGGUGAUAAAUGUACAAUGUAUUGAUGGACAUUAUUCUCUUUCAGUGUCAGACAGCAGAGUUGUCAUUCUGGGAAAAACAGGAGUUGGGAAAAGCAGCCUGGCUAACACCAUAUUUGGAGAGAAACCAUUCAAGGUCGACCACAGUCUCAACUCUGAAACAAGGAAAUGUCAAGCAGAAACCAGAUCUGUCAAUGGAAGAAGCAUCACUUUGGUCGACACUCCUGGUUUCUUCGACACAGAGAGAUCUGAAGAGGAGCUGAAGCCUGAGAUACUGAGGUGCAUCAUAGAGUGCGCUCCUGGGCCUCAUGCUUUUCUCAUUGUACUUAAAGUGGAGAAAUUCACCAAGCAGGAGCAGGAUGUCAUCAACAAAAUACACCAAUACUUCUCUGAAGAAGUCUUCAAAUAUGCCACAGUUGUCUUCACUCAUGGUGACCAGCUCAAGGGACAGACAAUUGAGGAAACUGUCCGUAGGAAUAAGGCAUUGAGUGAUCUAGUGAAGAAGUGCGGGGGCCGCUGCCAUGUCAUUGACAAUGAAUACUGGAAAGACAACCAACAGGAUGAAUACAGGAGCAACAAGUACCAGGUGGAGAAAAUACGAAACACAAUAGUUGAGAUAACAAAAGCAAACAAAGGAAGGUGUUACACCAAUGAGAUGCUCCAAGUAGCACAGGAAAUAAUUGAACAAAAGAAGACGCACAUUAGAAAGUCAUCGGAAAACAUGUCAGAGGAAGAGAUCACACGGCAGGCUAAAGACAGGGCAUAUAAGGAGAUCUGGAUCAGACUGGCAGGUGUUGGAACAGGUGUAUUGUUAGGAGCUUUGUUUGGGGGAGUAGGAGUAACUGGAACAACAUUAAUCGCAGCUGCAGGGGUAUCUGCUGCAGUGGGAGCAGUAGUGGGAGGUUAUACAGGAUAUCAUGCAGCUGAGGGAGCAGACACGCCAUGGGACGCAGCAAAGAUGACAGCAGCUGCUGUCAAGGAGGGAGCCCAGUCUAUCAUAGAUGGAGACUUCCUGACAAACCGGCCACAGUCAGUCAGGAUGGGCCCUCAAUGCUCCUCCACUCUGACACUCAGCACAGGAGCCCCACAAGGCUGCGUGCUGAGCCCCUUCUUCUACUCUCUGUACACUCAUGACUGUGUACCAUCUCACAACGCCACCACUGUAGUUAAAUUUGCAGAUGACACGACUGUGGUGGGGCUGAUCACUAAAGGCGAUGAGUCGACCUACAGAGAGGAGGUACAGGGGCUGACAGUGUGGUGCAGAGAAAACAAUCUGACUCUGAACAUCAGAAAAACAAAAGAACUCAUAAUUGACUUCAGGAAGAAGCAGGAUGCCCAUUUGCCACUAUACAUCAAUGGGGAGAGGGUGGAGAGGGUGUCCAGCUUCAAAUUCCUGGGCACACACAUUACAGAGGACCUCACAUGGACAGUUAACACUACAGCACANCAUCAAUGGGGAGAGGGUGGAGAGGGUGUCCAGCUUCAAAUUCCUGGGCACACACAUUACAGAGGACCUCACAUGGACAGUUAA